AUGCCUUCUCUUGCAUCGGCUCGGUACGGCAAGGACAAUGUCCGCGUCUACAAAGUGCAGCGGGACGCCGAGACUGGCGUCCAGACGGUGACCGAGAUGACCGUCUGCUGCCUCCUCGAAGGCCAGAUAGACACCUCAUACACAAAGGCGGACAACAGCGUCGUCGUCGCCACGGACUCCAUCAAGAACACCAUCUACAUCAAGGCCAAGGAGAACCCGGUCAACCCGCCCGAGCUCUUCGCCUCGAUCCUCGGCGCCCACUUCCUGGCCACCUACGCGCACAUCCACACGGCGCACGUCAAGGUCGUCGUCCACCGCUGGACGCGCAUGGUCGUCGACGGCAAGCCCCACCCGCACAGCUUCCUGCGCGACGGCCAGGAGACGCGCACCGUCAAGGCCGCCGUCUCCCGCAAGGCCGGGAUCCAGCUGCGCAGCGGCAUCGCCGGCCUGACCGUGCUCAAGAGCACGGGCUCCGCCUUCCACGGCUUCGUGCGCGACGAGUUCACCACCCUGCCCGAGACCUGGGACCGCAUCCUCAGCACCGACGUCGACUGCGGCUGGACCUGGAGGGCCUACGCCGACCUGGCGCAGGUCCGCGAGGGCGUCGAGCGCUUCGACGCCGCCUGGGAGGCCGCGCGCGAGAUCACGCUGCGCACCUUCGCGCAGGAUGAGAGCGCGUCGGUCCAGAACACCAUGUACAAGAUGUGCGAGCUGAUCCUCGAGGCGGCGCCCGAGGUCCAGCGGACCGACUACUCGCUGCCCAACAAGCACUACUUUGAGCUCGACCUGAGCUGGCACAAGGGCAUCAAGAACACGGGCGAGGACGCCGAGGUGUACGUGCCGCAGUCCGGACCUAACGGGCUCAUCAAGUGCGAGGUCACCCGCUCAUGA